CAAAAGCGCGUUGGAGUUCCCGUCCGAGCAAACAGAGCAACACACACACAGGCGCGCGCGCGCGUACGAACACGAAUUCACACACAUACGCACACCCUCUCUUACUCUCUCUAUCCCUCUUUUUAUUUCUCUCUAGAUCGCGCGAGCGCACACACGCGCACACGCACUCACUCACUCCCUCACUUAGCUACUUACUUACUUACUCACACACUCUCUCUCUCACUCUCUCUCAAUACACACAUACACGCGCGCGCUCAGACAGAGCCUGAAGAAGAGAAAGAAAGCACAGCAUAGCGCGCGGCGGGCUGCACUUGUGCAGUUAUCAUCAUCACUAUCAUCACCAACACCAGCACCUUCAGCAUCAUCUCUACCUUGAUCAUUAUUUGAUCAUCAUCGUAGUCACGGUCUACUUCCACUUCAUCAACACAAGGAACUGAUGCCGAACUUUCUAGAUCUCCUUCAGCAUCUUCAGAUCUUCAGCAGAAGCAACAGCAGCAUCUUCAUCCUCAUCACCAGAUGCGAGCAGAUCAAGUUGCGCGCUCUGAUCUGAGCUGAACUGGACUUGGAUAAGCCAGGAACCGCGAGAAAGAGCGAGGGAGAGCAAGAGGAUCUCUCUGUCUCUUUCAAUCAUCUCUUUCUCUCACUUUCUCUCUCCUUGGUCUUCUCGUUCUCCUGGAGUGGAUAAAGCGGGCGCGAGGUUGUUGAGCGCGCACUCUGGGAGGGCUUUUGAUGCCUUUGCUAAGUGCAGGCAGCCGAGUGCUAUGACAGGCAAACUGGCCGAGAAGAUCCCUCUUACCAUGAGCAGUUUAAUGAACUCCAUCCCUGAAAGCCUUUAUCCUGAGGAAGACUCCAUCCCAACCUCUAUGAACGUGUUCACCAGCGCGGAGCCCACGGCGCACUACUCGCACAUGAACACAGAUAAUAUCAUGGACUUGGGGAUGGGAGGUGAGAAGAGCAGUGGGGAGAUCCAGUAUGGUUCCAGUAGUUUUCAAUCAAGUCGCAGUGGACAGACUGUUACUUACCUGGGCAAGUUUGCCUUCGACACCCCUCCGUCAGGGGGCAUCAGCGGCUCAAGUUGGUGUCCCGACAAUAACAUCAUCAGUCUGGUGAGUGCCGGCAUCCUGGGCGUCUCGCCAUCACCUGGCAACAUCACCACCCAGACAUCCUCAUCAGGCGGCAGCAUGGGCGGACAAUCGUCGGACAUUGAGCAAGUGUAUGCCCCACCCCUUCCCGCCUACUCCACCUGUGGAGAAAUGUACCAGGAACAGGUGUCAUUCCACCACAGCCCAGCCACCUCGUCCUCCUUGCCCUACCCAGGCUCAGACUAUCACAGUACCUCCUCCAAACCUGCCAUGGACAGCAGUCUCUUUUCCAUGAUCCCUGACUACAACCUGUUUCACCACCAGGGUGAAGUUGGGGUGAUGGAGCACAAACCCUUCCAGGCCAUGGACCCAAUCCGGGUUAAUCCGCCACCCAUCACACCCCUGGAGACCAUCCGAGCAUUCAAGGACAAACAGCAGAUCCACCCAGGGUUCCUGGGUGGCCAACAGCAGCAUGCAUCCCAGCACCACCACCAUCAGCCCCCACAGACCCUCGCCCUCAAACCCAUCCGGCCGCGCAAGUACCCAAAUCGGCCGAGCAAGACACCGGUCCACGAACGGCCACAUGCCUGUCCAGCUGAGAACUGUGACCGGCGCUUCUCGCGUUCAGAUGAGCUCACGCGCCACCUCCGCAUUCAUACGGGCCACAAGCCCUUCCAGUGCCGCAUCUGCAUGCGGUCCUUUAGCCGCAGUGACCACUUGACCACACACAUUCGUACUCACACUGGAGAAAAGCCCUUCUCUUGUGAGUUUUGUGGACGCAAGUUUGCCCGCAGUGAUGAACGCAAGCGGCAUGCCAAGGUGCACCUCAAGCAGAAGGACAAGAAGCCAGCAGACAAGGCCAGUGGUGCUGCGUCAGCGGGCAGCCACACGUCCCCACCAAGCUCAUGUGGGACAGCUGGACCCAGCAGUUCCAAUAUCCUGACUGUUACCACGUGCGCCUAGGGAACUCUUUGCCGCCAGAUACGAUCGGGCUGGGGGAGGAGGACAUUGAGCUAUGAGCACUUACCUUUCUCCUUGGAAGGGCCUGGCCAUUGACUCUCACACUCUCUCCCCUCUCUUAAUGUAUCGGGUUAUUUGUUGCGGUCUUUAAUGUUUGUUUGCAGAUGGUGUAGUCAUGUUGCCCCUCAACUUUUUGCUUUAGGUCAAGCCGGUGGGUCUUUGGGAGGAAGACCUACUGGCGUUUUAUGGCAGGGAGAUUUGCGCACUGGGGCAGCAGCUGAAGGGACAGGGGCAGUUUAGGUUAUCCCAGGACAAAACAGAGGCACUUCUUUGGGAAAAGCAUUACAGGCUCAGGGAGUCCUACUUCCGGCUCCGGGGACCUACGUGAUCCCCCCUGAUUUCAGUCUGGGCCAAAUUAGUCUUUUUUUUUACAGUAUAGUAUAAAAUACAAGCUGAGAUACACUUGGCAUCUAAGUUGUUUUAAGUUGUUUUCAUUAUUAUUAUUUUUUACAGUGCAUUUUGGCGUGUCAUUGUCCAACUUUUUAAAAAGUGCAAUUUAAUUUACUCAAUGUUGUUAAUACCUUGUUUGCGUUGCACUUUGGUUGCUGUUGUUUGUUAUACAAAGAAAAACUGCUCGUUAAAUAUUUAAUUGAUGAUAUUUUUUCAUAAGAAUGUGCCAAAUCUAUUGCGAUACUGCAGCCAAUUUUUUUUUGUUUUGUUUUGUUUUAUUUUUUUUAUCUUUUCGUUGUAGUUCUUGCUAGCAUACCAGAGCUUAUAGCGAAGCUACUAGAGUAAUCUGUUUCAGAAAUCGAUUUGAAGGGAAAACCGCUAAGCCCAGAAUCUUACAGUACUGAAAGGCUCUGUGAGUUCAAUCUUCAAGUGGGUGUUUCUUGCGUAAUUAGGCUUGCAUUAUCUUAAUAUCUCAAAAUCCCUUCAGUACAAUUAAGGGAUCUGGAUGCCUUUUGUAAACAGCAACAGAUUGCCUGUACAAUACCAAAAAAAAGAAAGAAAAUACAAGACUGUGUUUUGGUAUCUGAGCUCACUAAGUGCAGUUUACGUACAAGCUAAAUUUGUUGCGUUUACCUCAAACUCUUUCUCUAGUGUGCACGAGGGCCAAAUACCAAACAUAUAUCCUUUCCUUACAUGUCCUUAUGAAACAAAAUCAGACAAUUCUGCCUUUUUUGUUGUUCUUGAUUUUAUUUUUUGCUGUCUGUAUGCCUGCAUGUGUCUAAUAUUGCUAGUAUGUCGUGGUUAGCACUGAAACAAAGGUCGCAGUGGUCAUUUCUGGGAACCUGACAGCAAAAUAUGUGUCCACCUGAUGCUCCCCAAAUAUAUUCACACACACAGAGCUAAAGAGAGAAAUUAUGUGAAAUGUGAAAUAUGAACACUGCCAUGUUUCACAGGUAAAUGGUGUCGGUAUUUAUGUUUGCAUUGUUGCUGUUGUUGCCGUUGAUGUUGUGUUGUUCUUAUCGCAGACUUUUUUACUAGCCGCUUGAUGUGGUUCUUAUUCUUUAAUCUUGCGAGGUUUCUUCCUUCCAUUUUCCCCCCAUUCCAGGCAUACUGUAUAUUCAGCACACAUCUGAGUGCACACACUCGGUUUUCAACACAAAGUACUUGCCAGCCAAAAUUAUGGAAAUAACUGCCUUAGAGCGUCGCCGCUGGGCAUAAGCAUGGUUGAUCUGGGAUGCCAUUGUUCUGUGUUUUUUUUUUCACUGACUGAAAUCUGCCAGCUAUAUGCAUGCCAUUCGAGAUGAUGUUUUUGGAUGACGUUUUUUUUUUUUUCUUCUUUUUUUUUAAAUAACAGCUCUGAGGGGCAGCAAGCAGUAAUGUGGUUUUCUCCACGGCUACUCGUAUUCGGAUCACACUGAGAGACUGAUCCAGAAUAUCGAGAGGGUGUUUGUUUUUUCUUGUUGUACAGUUGCGUAUAUAAACAUAUUACUACAUGUUUUCUACUAAGAAUGUACAGGACAAAAAAAGCAAUGUGCUUCAGUAUUACGACGUAUGUGUGUAUGUAUGUAUGUAUGUAUGUGUGUAUGUGUAAGUGUGUAUGUAUGUUUGUGUCAGAGUGCGCGUGUGUGUGUUUGUGUGUGUGCGCGUGUGUACAUUAAUACAUACACAUGUGCAUCCACACUGGGAUUGACUUUACAUUGACUGAUUGACUGAAUGCAAAUGAUGCAAGGGGUGUGUUUAAGCGUACAUUUGCAGAGAAAGUGACUGUGUACAUAGUUUAGAGUGUUUUUUUAGAGGGAUUUUGUUUUUUAUCUGUACGAGAGUGAAAGAGAGGGAGAGACAGAGCGGCGUCGUUCGACACUGUCAAUCCUGAUGCAUCCUCUGUCAUUCCUAAAAAAACGGUCUGAAAAUGUUGUUUGUUUUUGUGCAUAAUAUUCAAAGAAUGAUAUGGAGACACACUGAAUGAUGUGUUUAUUAAAUAAAUAAACAAUAAGGUUAUUUGGAAAAAA